AUAAAGUAAUAUUGAAACAAAAAUGCCAUGCACAAGACUUUGCAAGAAGCUGCAUGUAGGACCAUUCGGGCUCAAUCCUCCGGUGGGGCUAGCGGAAAGGUGAGGAGAUUGAACUCCGGCAGCAGAUCAUCGGUAAUGGCGACAAGCGACGGCGGGGGAGGAGAGAGAGGGAGAAGGAAAAGGAGGGCGUGGAGGCAACCGCGACACGAGCCGGGCUCUCCUCCAGUCGCAACUAGUGUGACUGCAACCACCACAGAGCCUCGUGCUUCUGCGAGUCGCGCGGUGGACACUGCAUCAACGAUCGUUGGUUCUGCAGCCCGCACAGCGGCGACAGAUACAUCUCAAUCUCUUGCCAGUGGAGCUCGCAGUCCGUGCUCGCUCACUGCGGGAGAAACAAAAGGCUUGACGAAGGAGGAGGAGAGACAAAGAGACGACGGGGCUGCACAACUACUUCCAGAGCCGUCGAAUGCAGGAGGAGAGAGACUGCAGGACUCCGUAGUGGAAAUAGAUGGAUCUGCAAUGGAAGGGGGGGGACAGGUACUGAGGAAUGUUGUAACCCUGGGCUGCCUUGUGCGACGGGCAGUGCGUGUGAUAAGGGUCAGAGGAGGACGCAGCAAACCAGGCCUGCGACCCCAGCAUCUGGCAGGACUGCGUCUGAUUGGUCAGCUGUGUGGCGGGAAACUGGCGGGAGAUGACGUGAACAGUACGAGGGUGGAAUUCUGGCCAGGUUCCGUACGGAAUGGAGACUACUCAGCCGACACUCAAACAGCAGGGUCAGUAACAGUAAAGAAAACUGAAGAAUUUUUUGCCAAACGCCAAAAAUUUAUGUCCAGGAGCACCACUCUUCUUUUGCAAGUGUCUCUGCCGUGUCUGCUGUUUGCCCCACCCACCUCCUCUUCCACGCUCACCCUCAGAGGAGGCACCAAUGCAGACAUGGCCCCGCCCAUUGAUUACAUCACCAAAGUUUUCAAACCGACCGUUGGGAAAUUUGGCAUCACUUUUGACUGCAAGCUGAAGAAAAGAGGGUUCUAUCCCAGAGGAGGCGGUGAGGUGGUUGUGAAGCCACACCCACUCGUAAACAUCACCCCGGCAACCAUCACGGAACCGGGACAAGUGGUUUCGGUCUCGAUCCAUUCCUUUGUGGCCGGAACGGCGCCUGAGAAGAUUGCACAGCAAAUGGCCCAAGCAGCCAGACAGCAGGUUGCAAAGCAGCUGCCCGGAGUUGCUAUAGAGACGAAGGUGGUUUGUGAGACUGCAAACACUGCGUUCGGAAACGGUCUCUGGCAUUAUGUGAGAAAGGAAACAAGUGUUGACAAUAAUUAACAGGGGCUCUCCCUCAGUGUGGUGGCUGAGACUAGCACCGGAUGUCUUCUCGGAGGAUCGGCCAAUGGGAAGAGAGAGGAGCCGCCGUACAAGAGUGGUCGUGCGGCUGCUGACGAGGUGAUCAAAGCAGUAAAACAGGGCGCAUGUGUGGAUGAACACAUGCAGGACCAGGUCAGAAAUAUUUAUUCCCUAGAACAUUUUUUUUAUUCCCCUGUGAAAUUUGGACUGGUUCGGUGAUUUUUGCUCUUGAAAGUAAAGUGAGGUCCUUGUCGUCCUCUCUGCAGCUGAUAGUGCUGAUGGCUCUGGCGAAGGGGAGAUCAGUGGUCCGAACAGGUCCUCUCUCCCUUCACACCAAGACUGCCAUCCACAUCGCUAGGACCCUCACACCAGCAAUUUUCAAUGUAAGAAAGUUGGAUGGUGGUGCUCAUUUAAUAGAAUGUGACGGCAUGGGUCUGCAAAGCAACUUCUGCAAAUAGCAUCUAAAUUAUCAUUUCAUCUGUAUUAAUUUGUGUACAUCAAAGCACAUGACAAUGAAAAUCACUACACAAAAAUGAAGAUAAAUGAUGGAAAAAGUUGGAAUAGCUAAAGAUCGACAAACAGUCACUAGUAGCGAGAACAAGAUUCGAGCGUUAAUGAUGAUAGCGAUGAUGAUAUAAUUAAUAUGACUCUGAUAUGAAGAAUGAGUAUAGAUCAGCGGACAUCAAUCACAGGGUAAACGAGAGGGAGAGAGAGGCUACUGCGAUCAAUCACCGAAUACCGAAUGAAAGUGGACAUGUCGAGUGGCGAGUUUGGCUCUUUGAGAGAUCGAGACUUGUAGAAGACGUUCCAGAAUCUCAGAGUCUCGUCCCCGGCACCAGUUACUAUUGUUUGACCGUCUGGAGACAUGGCCUGAGGGAGACACAGAGCCCACGUCGUUAAUAUAUAUAUACCUUUCAAUCACAGUUGGCUAACAGGUCGAAAAGGCAAAUCUUCAGGUACAAAUGGAGAAAGAGAGGAGAGGUAGACAGGUUUGCAAGAAAGGAGAAAGGGUGGACGACAUUUGCAACAGUUUCAGGGAAAGAGAGGGAG